UAGGAAAAAAAAGUCGAAAUUCAAUUCUAGAGAGAGAGGGAGAGGGAUGGAGGCGAAGAAAGCUGGGUCAUCGUUGGACGAUCUGAUGUCGUCGUUCAACACUCGCAUAGCCGAGCUUCAGGAGCUCGUUAUUGCACGUAACAUGUACCCCGCUACAAGCAUCACUGAUUUGUCUGCGGUGGAUGCUGCAUUGAAGGCAAUGGAGCUUCAGCUACAAGCUAUCAAGGACCGCUUGGGCGACGAAACCCUUGCCAUUCCCAAAGCUAAAAGCCUCAUCGACGCAUCACUUCAACAGCAGAAGAAAUUGCAGAAUAUGUCUGUUUAUGUUCCAUCAUCUUUACCUGAAAGAUCGUCAAUAACAAACUUGGAAACUAAUAGAUGCUUGCUGCCAGAGUUCUCCAAACAAGAUCCAGGUUUUGGGUCUUUAAAACUUGAGGAACAGCCUGCAGCACUACCUAAGGAGAAAAAAGGUCGUGGCUCUCCACCAUUGUGGUAUAUAACAACUGAUGAACUGGAUUCUCUGUCCUCAUACAUGAGAGGAAGGCUGACACAGGAGAAGGUCAAUGCAGCUAUCAAUGACAUGGCCACUUAUGCUGAAGCAAAUGUGCAGCUUAUUGCAGCUCCAAAGAAGAAGCUGGCAGAAAAUCUUUGGGAAAAAGCCCUGGAACUAAGAGAUAUUGCAAUGGCAGAAGCUGUUAAGGGAAAACACUUUUUUAUAGAAAAUGACAUAAAAGGACCAGCACUGAAACUUGACAAUACUGGAAAAGCGAUACUGACUGUCCUUCGUCAUCUUGGUCGGAUAAGUGAGACUCGGAUUGGGCAUCACCGAGUGAUUAUUCUUUUGAAACCUCAAUGAAGCUUCGCAAAGAAUCCCAUCUUGAAUGUUUGUAAUCAUCCACUGUUUUUCUUUCAA